AUGGAGGCAGCUAACCUCUCCGUGGCCGCCACCGGUAUCGCCUUUCUCCUGGGACCCGAGGCCUGCAGCAGCAGCCCAAGCACCGGCGGGGUUCUCAGAUCUAUCCCAGGCGGCGCCGCCCUGCUGGGCCGAGAGUCACCCUUCUCCCUCUUCACCACGCUGGUAGUGACGCUGCUGGUGCUGCUGAUCGCAGCCACUUUCCUGUGGAACCUACUGGUUCUGGUCACCAUUCUGCGCGUCCGCGCCUUCCACCGUGUGCCUCAUAAUUUGGUGGCCUCGACGGCCGUGUCUGACGUACUGGUGGCAGCACUAGUGAUGCCCCUCAGCCUAGUAAACGAGCUGUCAGCCGGGCGGCGUUGGCGGCUGGGCCGGAACCUGUGCCAAGUGUGGAUCUCCUUCGACGUACUGUGCUGCACCGCAAGCAUCUGGAACGUGGCGGCCAUAGCCCUGGACCGCUACUUGACCAUCAAACGCCACCUGCAGUACACGCUGCGCACCCGCCGCCGAGCCUCGGUGCUCAUGAUCACGCUCACCUGGGCGCUCUCCGCGCUCAUCGCCCUCGCGCCCCUCCUCUUUGGCUGGGGCGAGGCGUACGACGCUCGGCUCCAGCGCUGCCAGGUGAGCCAGGAACCCUCCUAUGCCGUCUUCUCCACCUGCGGCGCUUUCUACCUCCCGCUCGGUGUGGUGCUAUUUGUCUACUGGAAGAUAUACAAGGCAGCCAAGUUUCGCUUCAGUCGUCGCCGCAGGGCUGUGCUGCCAUUGCCCGCCACCGGCCAGGUGAAGGAGGCACCUCACCAGGCUGAGAUGGUGUUCACGGUGCGACGCCCAACGGUGGCCUUUCAGAUGAGCGGAGAAUCGUGGCGGGAGCAGAAGGAGAAGCGGGCGGCAGUGAUGGUGGGCAUUCUCAUUGGCGUGUUUGUGCUGUGCUGGAUCCCAUUCUUCCUGUCGGAGCUCAUCAGCCCCCUCUGUGCCUGCAGCCUGCCCCCUAUCUGGAAAAGCGUAUUUCUGUGGCUUGGCUACUCCAACUCUUUCUUCAAUCCCCUGAUUUACACGGCCUUUAACAAGAACUACAACAACGCCUUCAAGAACCUUUUCACCAAGCAGAGAUAAACCCAAGGCGUGGAGAGACUCGCCUGUAGGGGCAAGGGGAGGGAACUGGGAUUUCUCUCCUUUACUAGUGAUCUGGGCGGAAGCCUUCCCCCCACAGCUGAGUAUUAACGACAUUUGGGAACCCUAGCACUUAGGCUUGGACUGCAGAGAGAUGGCACAUGUGUGGCAGGCGUGCCGCUAUGCACUCUUGCUUUAUGCGCAGCAGACCUUGCUAAUCGAUCAUGGCACAUCUCCCCACUGAGCAAGAACUUGGUCUCAGAGUCCUUUUCAGACAGCAAUUCUAAUCAAUACUGCUAACUGAUUGGAAUUCGCACAAGGGUUGAAGCUUAUUUUCCCUUCCUUUAUCUAAUUACCAUAUUCCUCAGAAAGGGUCUUUCAGCACAGGGCCCCUGUGGCCUUGUCUUUUCCAAACUUCAAGGCAGUGUAUCCAAUUAGGGUGAUGAAGUUUUUUUUUUUUUUUUUUUUUUUAAAUCAUCCGCUUCAACCUAUAUUUACUGAAUCAGACUUUCAAAGAAGAGGUUUGGUAAUUUAUAUUCCAUUAAAUUCUCUAGAUGAUUUUUUUUUUUUAAAUCAGUGAGAGACACUGCUGUGUGUUUAUGCUGUUCUUUAGAGGGGGCUAAGAUCCAGGCAGUAGUGCUUUUUAAACCUCCUGGCUUAUUCCACUGUGGUGAGGUCUUUUCUCUGCUUCUGUACAAGGAAGAGCCGCUGUGGGAAAUGUCUCCAUUACCUCACCAUUGUGGCUUGUCUGUAUAAUAAAACAUUUCUGAAGCAUUCAUUUCUAGGCUCAGAAUCAUUCACAUACGUGAUUGGUCACACAGACAUAUAUGUAGAUGCUUUCACAUAUACAAAGACACAUGCGUGUAUGUCUCUGAGAUGGGAAAAAUACCUGCUGUGAAACUAAAGCACAAACACCACCACCAACUCCACCCCCCACCCAACAAAACCCUGCCAUAAUGAAUCUUGGCCUUCCUGAAAAUAUUAAAUGUGGCCCAGGUAAGAAGGAAUCCAAGGGCAAGGGAUG